GGGAUAUGAAAGUGAAAAUCCCUAAAUUAGGGAUUUCAAUUUUCACCGUUCUCCUCUCUCGCGAUCUCUGUUCGCCAGUUCCUCUUCUCCGCCCGCCACUCGCCGGCGCCGACCCCUCCACCACUCGCUGGAAGGCUCACUUCUUCGCCUGGGUUAUGCUUCCUCCUCCUCCUUUGGCUUCCUUUUCUUCUCUCUCGCGAAUCACUCCCUACGCCUCGCUCACACCGGCUUCCUCUCCUCCGCCACUGGUUCUGACGGUCACUCCCCCAGCCCUUUUUUGAAUCUCUCUCGAUUCGUCUGUAAAGGGAAACAUGGAAAGACUAUUCUUGAUCAAACAGCUGCAAGCACUGUCUCACUCAUUUUGCUCUUGCUGAUGAUAUCAUUUCCAAGAUAUGCAGCAAUGUUGGGUGCAUCACCUACAAGUAGAAUCAGUUUGAAACCGUUGGCCUUUUAGUAUUAGAAUCUCGGCUGAGGGGGGUGAAACUGAAACCAAUUUCUAAGCUCCCAACCAUGGAGGAAAGUGGGGGACAGUUACGUGUUAGACACAAUUGUCAACCAAAUUUUCUUCUUGAGGUCAAUAAGAGUCUCUCUGAUCUUCAAAAAGCUCAAAUAAAUGCUACCCCGUUCAAAUGGUUAAUGAAUAUUCCGGAAAAAAUACCAAUCAAUGGGAAUUUACUGUAUGAAUUAGUUACUCGGUGGGUAGGGCGUCGUUUGGGUUUUACAAUACGAAGUGCAGUAGUUCCUUUUACCCCUUUAGAUGUUUGCUUUGCAACUGGGUUGCGCAUUGUAGGGGAAAGCGUGAUUUUUGAUCAAGAUGAAGAAUGUCAUACUACAAGUUUGUUCAAUGGGAAAAAAAUUACGAUCCCGAUAAUAGUUGAACAACUAAAAAAGUUUAAUUGUGCUGAAGAUGUUGAAGACUUUUGUCGGUUGUAUAUACUUCUUGGCUUAGCAGAAUUUUAUUGCCCUAAUACCAAAUCCACUGUGCAUAGUGGUUUGUUGAGGACUUUAGACGACCUAAGUUCACUUGAUAAAUAUAGUUGGGGUGUUUUUGUAUAUGAUGUUUUGGUUGGUGGAUUGAUUCGAGCAGUCAAACACUUUCGUGAAGCAAAAAAUUCACACAAAGUGUCUCUAAUAGGUUGUGCAGCAGUUUUACAGAUUUGGGCUUUGGAGCAUAUGUCAUUGCACCAUAGUGUCAAAUUUAGCUAUGGAACUACAUUUCCUCGGUUUUUACAUUGGCCUCAUCUUACCUUAGGGAGGAAGAAACUCUCCACAAUGUUUGAAAACACUUCGAUAUGUCAACAAAUAGCUGCAAAUGGCACCUCGUGGUUUUCUCCAGUGGCAUCAGCCCGUUUGCCAAUCAAGAUAUGCCGCACAUGAUAUUGAUGUUUUAGAUGCAAAGGUUAAGGAUCUACAACAGAAGAUAUUCAUCCUUGAGGAAGAAUUGAGAAUGAUAGAUCUGAAUCUACCAACAUCACCUCAGUUUAUUGAUCCAACCACUAUUACUCGUUCUUUGGGUGAAGAAACCAUAUUGUUUGAAAAUAUGAACGGUGGAUCCCCAUCUGUCCCAUCUGUGCUUGGCGUUUCCAUAUUUGAUGCAGGUGAAGGUCAUAAUAUACCCCAUGAUACCGAUCCACCUGAGCAACAACGAUCAAAUAUGUACACAAGGCGGAAAGACCAACCUAGGAAACGUGUGGGCAGCUUGGUCUGCCGGACUCCGUGGACAACAUAUCAAAGGAAAAAGAAGAAGAUUCAAUAGAUCUGACCUUUAGGAUGUUUUUGAAGUUCUUAUUUCAAUAUGUAGUGCUUUUAUAGCUAUGGGUAGUCAUGUGUAGUAAUUGGGUAAUUCAACCCGAAGCAUAAACACCUUAAACUUUGAGGACAGUCAUGUGAAACUUUGUGGUUUAAUCAAUGUAGUAAUCGGCCAAUCGAAUAGGAAAAUGUUACUUUCAAUAUUUUGAAGUAUAAUGACAUGUACUUGUAAUGAAUA